UAUUCGGACUGUUGUGGGACGGCCUGGUGACGUCACAAACGGGGUCCAACACCCGGAAAUAGAAAAAAACAGAGCGGAUGACGGCUGGCUGGACUGGAUGUCAUUGAGCAGCACAUGAGUAACUAUACAUGGUCGCACUGAGGCGCCGUCGACGCGUCACAAGCGGAGGGAGGGAAAGAAAGGCAAAAGACCGGCCCACGGUGCCACCUUUGCCCGCGGAGACGUAGCCGAGCAGCAGAGUCGGACCCAGCCGUCCACCCUCGCCACUUCCCCGCUAUGGACGUGCUCCUGUGGAUGCCCCCACUGCUGCUGGUGCCGCUCCUGUUGUGGACCAGCAGCACCUUCGUCUUCUAUUUCAAAAAGUGCUUUUACGUGGCCUGGAUGAUGGUGCUGGCCCUGGUCGCCAUCCCGCUGUGCAUACUGAAAAGCGGGGGCAGGGACGUGGAGAACAUGAGGAUCAUCCGCUCCCUCGUUCGCCAUGUCAAGUAUUUCCUCGGCCUUCGAUUCGAAGUCAGCGGCUGGGAGCACCUGCAGACCGAGGGCCCCUACGUCAUCAUUUCCAACCACCAGAGCUCCCUCGACGUUUUGGGCCUGAUGGAGAUCUUGCCCGACCGCUGCACCAUGAUCGCCAAGAAGGAGCUGAUAUAUGCUGGCACGGUGGGCCUCAUCUGCUGGCUAGGCGGCAUCGUCUUCAUCAACCGCAAGAAGACCAGCGACGCCAAGAGUGUCAUGGCUGACGCCGCCCAGACUAUGUUGGACGAGCAGAUCCGUCUGUGGGUGUUCCCAGAAGGGACGCGGAACCAGAGAGGCGACUUGCUGCCCUUCAAAAAAGGCGCCUUCCACUUGGCCGUGCAAGCGCAAGCGCCCAUCAUUCCCGUGGUCUUCUCCUCCUACAGCAACUUCUACCUACGGAAAGAAAAGCAGUUCAAAUCGGGGACCAUCAGAUUGAAGAUCCUGCCAAAGAUCGAGACAAAAGGGAUGACGUCCGAGGACGUUUCGUGCCUCGCAGAGAAGUCCUUUGAUGUGAUGCGCUCGGCCUUCCUGGACAUCUCCAAAACCCACAGUAACGGCCCCAUGAGGCACUGAGCAGCCGCCAUACUCUCACCACCAAGCCCCCCCAACCGGCUGCCACUUCUAUCUCCAGCAAUCCUCCAGUUGACGCCCCCUCACCCCCAGGUUGUUCCGCUACCUGACCAGGACACGACGUGAUUGCGGCGGUCUUGUCUAGUUGACUCUUCCCUUCGAGCACAGUCCUGACCCUCGCCAUGUUUGCGAGUGGAGUGACGGACGGUGCGCACAACAAUGUUGAUGUGUGUUGUUUUUCCGUGCAUGUGUUUUUUCAUGGCGAUUCAUUUUUGCUUUGGACGCUUUUUUUUUUUUUUUUUUCUGUUUUUCAAAGUCCUCAUCCUGCCUUUUUUUUCUUUUGUAUUCCUCUCAUGUUGCCUUUGUUGGGAUUAUCUUUGGACGCAGCCCACCUCCUUCCUUCCUCUCUGCAUUCCACCCAAAAGACAAAGGCAGGCGGGGUUUUCACAAGUGGUGGAGGUCAGAGUCCAACGCGUCAUAGAGUCCCUUCCCGAUGAGCUCAUUGCGACAUCCGUUUUGCGUCUUCAGCCCUCGGAAGUCAAGGUGAUGGCGUUUAUUUAAUGGACUGACCUGCCAUCUCUCUUGUGCUUCAGUGGCUGACGUCACGCUCCCGCGUGUCUGCUACUGGAUAGAACGCAGCAGUCAGUGAGUGUUGUCUUGUCGCUUCUCUUCUUCUCUUUUAGACGCCUUUUUAAGCGCUCAUUACGACCCCUAGUGACACAGUGGAGAGCGACACAGCUGGCACACCAAAAUGUCAAGUGAACGACCUGAGACGUGUUUUGUUGAUAGGCAAUGUGGACAUUUUAUUAUUAAUAUUCCCAUUAUAAAAUGAACAGUGUUAUAAGUUUGUCACUUAACUCCAUAGGAUAGUUUAUAUUUGAUUAUUUAAGUGGAAUUUUGGCCUUAAGUUUGAUUGGUUGUUGCACUUUGCGCUUCUGUAUCCUAUGUCAUUGUUCCACCGACUUUUGGGGGGGGGGGUUCGAGUGUAUUGCAACAUUGGGAGGUAGUAUGACAGCAGCAACAGAGGUGGGAAGGCACCUGUGUGUAAGGGAAUGCCGGCAAACCCAGACAGUGAAAGGCAUCUUCUGCACUCUAUAUUUUAUACGUCACAUCAGACGCUGGCACAGAAUGUCGUCUAAUUAUCCAAUUGCGAGAUGCCGUGUUGUUGCGUGAAAGCCCUUUUGUUCUGUGUAAAAAGCACCUGGUGUUGUGGGGCUUUUGUUCACCCACGCUAGCACUUGCUUUCCCGCAUCUGUCGCCAUUUUCUCAGAAUGUACUUUGAGCAUUUGGGAUAAAGUAUGUGCACUUCUAUCCACAUGUAAUUUGUUUCUUUUUUUUCCUGGUUUGUGCUUUGAAAGGAAAACUGUGCUUUUUUUUUAGGAAUCUUGCGCGUCAUCCACAAUCCUUAUGUGAGACAUGAACACACGUGUUUCUCUUUGCUGUGUGUUCUAAAGAUAUAAAAACAGCUAAAAAGAAGCAGCUAAUUAACCUGCAACAAGGUGUUAUGGUUUUAUAUCCAUUCUGUGAGCAUUUAUGAUAAGAUGUAAUACUGACAGUAUUUUGGUCAUUUUAAGCAUUAGCGGAACUUCCCUCAUAGAAAGGAACGCUCCACCUAACAUUAACUUUUCCAAAAACAAAAACACAGCAACUUCAAUAUGCAGCGUCACCUUUCAGUAGUGGCCUGAGGCAUUGUGAGCGAGUGUGUGGUGAAGCUAGUCGCUAGCCAGCUAGGAACUAACCGGUGUGGUGUGGGAAGGUGUCGUAGUUCUUGGGUGUAACAAUGUUAACAAUAAUAACAAUGUUGCUGUAGCUUGGUUAAUACGCAGAUCACGUUAUAUUGUGGGGGUUUUCAUAAGCUUUAUAGGCGGAAUAGGUGCGUCCCAUUACGUGCAUUCUUAACUGCCUCUUUUUAGCUGUUUUUAUAUCUUUAGAAUGCACAGAAAAGAGAAAGAUGUGUGUUCAUGUCUCAACAUAAGGAUUGUGGGUGAUGGGCAAAAUAUUCAAAGCAAAAGUGCAGUUUUCCUUUAAAGUGGGUUUUUAUCUCACGUGCAGUUGUUGUUCAAGCUCAGAUGGCUAUUGAUGAAAUGUUCAUGACUGAUUGUGAGGUUUGACGAGUGGUGCUGGCCUGUACUCGCUUCAUAGAUGCCUACUCGCGCCUCAGCUUAACACACACACACAAACACCGCAGUAAGGCCAGUUUGAAUAUCUACCCCGAAUACUACUAACUCAUUUGCUCCUCGUCUUGCAUUCAAAAUAUGAAUCCUUAUUACUUUUUGGCUUUUUUUUGCAAGUGGUUUGAAUGUUGAACCAAAUUGGUUUCCUCCAAAAAACAAAAGCUUGUUUUUUUAAUUCAUUGUAUGUUCAGUUUGUGUCUUAUCUCAUUUGUGACAAAUUUGUGCGUUUAAUGUACAACACAAGUGCAAAGCAAUAGUGGAUGCAUCCUUUUAUAGACCCCCACCUAUGGUCCAAUCAGACAUUCAAAUUUGUAUUGUUCCUUUUUGUAGAUUUUUUGUGAUUUCGUUGUUUUUUUUUUCCCCUGGCAUGUAAGAAAAAUCAAAGUUAUCCAUUCAAUUAGGACACUCCUAGAUAAAAUUAUAUACAGUUUUAAAACAGGAAGGAAGGAAGUGAAUUAAAGCACUUUUCUUGUUCAGUUUUGACGGGAAACAUAAAAAAAAUUUCUUCAUGGUCACCAAAGCUAUUAAAGUGUAAUUGUUAGUAGCUUUAGUUGGAAUAUAAAUAACAACCUACAGCGUGUGUGCGUGCGUGUGUGUCCCCAUUUCAAUAAUCCAGCAUAUAUUGACAAUGUAGUGUUCCUGAUUUCACUUCCUCUGGGUAAAUGUGAAUGCCUUGCAAGUGCAACAGAUGAAAUAAAUGUAUUUUUUUUCUUAAUGCA